AUGGUCAGGGCAACAAUUAAAUCAGGGACAAUCAAUAUACUAAACACCAUUAUUGGUGCAGGGAUCUUGACGAUGCCGUACGGUUUACGUGCCAACGGAUUACUAUUUGGAUCGAUUUUGAUUGUAUGGUCAGCUUGUGCCUCGGCAUUUGGACUUUAUUUGCAAAAUAAAGUAGCAAGGUACACGGGACAACGAGGUUCAGUAUCGUAUUUCAGUCUUGCGCAAGUAACGUACCCGAAAUUAUCUAUUGUGUUUGAUUCGGCCAUCCUGAUCAAGUGCUUUGGAGUUGGUGUUUCUUACUUGGUUGUCAUUGGCGACUUAAUGCCCAAGAUUAUGGAAACUUUAGAAGUGCAUCCUGAUUCCGUUUUCAUGGAUAGGAAAUUUUGGAUUUCUGCAUUCAUGGCAUGUAUUGUGGCACCUUUAUCGUUUUUAAAAAAAUUGACUAGUUUGAGAUAUACUAGUAUCAUGGCUUUAUUUUCUGUGGCUUAUUUGAUCUUUUUGGUUGUGAGUAGUUAUCUUGAGAUUGCCGCUGGUGUUGAAAAGGCACAUGAUGUCGAUGUUGCAAAAUUUCAUCCUUUCCCAGCCAAACACAUUGAUUGGUAUGGACCAUUGAGUUGGAAACAAACGUUGAGUUCGUUUCCAAUGUUUGUAUUUGCUUAUACUUGUCACCAAAAUAUGUUUGCCAUUAUCAAUGAGUUGCAGCCGGAUGAGAAGGAUGGUUCACAAACUAGGCAAUCCAAUUUGAUUAUUAGAAAUUCGAUUUUAACUGCAUUGGGCAGCUAUUUGAUUGUUGCUGUUUUUGGGUAUUUAACUUAUGGUGACGAAGUUGAACCAAAUAUCAUUGCUAUGUAUCCUCGUGGGUCGAUAAGUACAUUAAUUGGAAGGUUGUGCAUCGUUGUGAUGGUAAGUUUGUCCUUCCCAUUACAGUGUCAUCCUUGUAGAGGAUCCAUCAACCAUGUCAUCCAUUUUAUCAGUCAAGGUGUCGAAUCAGCAAAACUUAGACAUUUGCAUAAACGUAAUCGUUUAUUAGAUGGUGAUGGAGUAGGUAGUGGUUACUCAUCGACAGUAGCAUCCGACGCCGAAAGUGUGAACUCUUUCGCUGACCUUACUGCAGUCUCAUCAAUCAUCUCAACUACACCAAUGGAAGGCGCUCGUGACACUGCUGGUCAUGCGCCAAUUAUAAUUCCUAUGUCUACUAGGAAAUUUUACAUCAUUACAACCACCAUUGUUGUGCUUAGUUAUAUAGUUGCACUUUCAGUCACUUCAUUAGCAACAGUUUUGGCAUUCGUUGGAAGCACAGGCUCAACGUCGAUUUCAUUCAUUUUGCCAGGAUUGUUUGGUUAUUUGUUGAUGAAACCAUUGAAUCCAGGAGCUACUCUUUCACCAUUGGAGAAAUUUUGCAAAUACGGUGGAUUAUUCAUGGUUAUUUAUGGGUUUUUUGUCAUGAUUGUGUGUCUUGGCACAACCAUAAUCUUGGGUUAG